GAGGUUUGGGAAGCGUGCGAACAGAGAGAAAGUGAGAGAGAUACGCUGAGCGAGAAGAGCAGCGGGCAAAGAAAUAGUGCUGCAGAGAAUGAAGCACCCCUCCCUUUCCAGCCAGCAGAGCCUACGCAACAGAGAAGGAGAAGCCCAAGUUCGUGAAGAAGAAGAGAACAAGACACACGGCCACUCAAAGUAACAACAGAUCACACGGAGCUGCGUUUGAAGAAACUCUUAGUGCUUUUCAUGGCUUUUAUUGACAGGUCAGACCAGUUCAGCCACUACCGGUGCCAUAAAUACUCAAAAAAGCUUAAAAUAGUGAGUGAGAAAAUGACAUCGCAUACCAGCGUUUGAGGAAACAUCAUGAGACUCGUAUAGAAGACCCAGUGCCAUGGUGGAAGAGGAAGCACUGCUACAGACUGUGAAGAUGUCGACGGUAACUGAAAGUCUGGAGAAGAUGGACUUGAUGUACAUCUCUAUAGAGAGCACUAUCGCUCUGGCGUCUGUGCUUGGGAACGUGCUGGUGGUUCUGGUGGUCUACAUGAACCAGGCUCUCAGAGACCCCACUUUCUGCUUCAUCGUCUCUCUGGCACUGGCUGAUAUCGCGGUCGGCGCUCUUGUCAUCCCGCUGGCGGUGGUCAUCAGCUUGGGUCUGAACACGCUGUUUUACACUUGCCUCUUCAUCUCCUGCCUCCUCGUCACCAUCACCCAGAGCUCCAUACUGUCCCUGCUGGCCAUCGCCAUCGACCGCUUCCUACGCGUCAAAAUCCCCACCAGGUACAACAUUAUUGUUACUCAGAAGCGAGCAUGGGUAGCCGUGAGUUUGUGCUGGCUCAUCUCAUUUCUGACCGGUUUAGUGCCGAUGGCCGGCUGGCACCUCAGCCCACCCGGAAACGUCAGCACGACGCCCAUCAAAUGCCAGUUCACCGAAGUCAUGCGCAUGGAUUACAUGGUCUACUUCAACUUCUUCAUUUGGGUGGUGGCGCCCCUGAUCAUCAUGACCGGACUGUACGCCGAGAUCUUCCGCGUGAUCUGCCGCCAGCUCAACCGUCGGGCCGAGGCCACCUGCGACUCGAGCAAAUACUACCGUAAAGAGCUGAAACUUGCCAAGUCGUUAGCUCUGGUUCUGUUUCUGUUCGCGCUCUGCUGGCUGCCACUGCAUAUUAUGAACUGUAUUGUGUUUUAUUGCCCGACAUGCGACAUGCCCAAAAGUGCUGUUUACGUGGGUAUCUUUAUGUCGCACAUCAACUCCGCGCUCAACCCCCUGGUGUACGCUUUCCGCAUCCAACGCUUCCGUGAUACGCUCGUUCAUAUCAUCCAGCGAUUUGUGCUCUGUAAAACCCCAUCAGCCGUCCCGGGUCAGCACAGUCCUGGACCCAUUACAGAGAAAACCCAAGUUCAGUAGCAAGUCAGACUAAGGGGAAUCAUUCAAGUAUACAAAGAUGGAGAUGCAACACGCAAUAUGGCAGAAUAAGCUCCACCUUCUAAGUAAAAGAGCCAAUCAGCAAUUAGUAAAGACAUUGAACCAAUGCAGCUGCCAUUAGGAGCAAUGUUGCCAAGUCUGCAGUUUUUCGUGGAAUUAGACUACUUUAACACUUUUUCAGCGGGUUGAAGUGACCCCAACAAAGUGCUAUUUAGCCCCUAGAAUGCAACCUUUAAAAAAAUGCAUACUUUACCCCAGUCUUUACCGGAAUCCCGCUGAAAAGCAAUCAGGCUAAUUUUGAGUAGCACUUGGGUGGGAUUUGCUGCGAAAACCUUGCAACUCUGGUUAGACAGUAAGUGUUUUGAGCGGCGCACAUAGGACUGCAUACGGGCAUUGGUUGGUUUAGCAUGAAAUAAAAGCUUUUUAACACUACUUGAGCAUAAUAAACCACAUUUACGGGACAGCUCGUGUCAGUUUUGGUUGAUUUCCCUAUUCAAGUUCUCUUUUCAGGUCUUGGAUGCCUGAAAUAGCUGCCCGGAGGUGUUGCAAAUAUGGAAGACACUUUCACACACUGUCUGAGAUUGUUGCAACUGGCUAUCUGAGGGAACUACGCAAAUCAGGAAACAGCACAACUAUACCCCAAAAUUGUGCAAAAUAUUUCACGCAACGCAUUUCUCCAUUUUCCAUUGUGAUUUUGCGCUCUUCGUCGCGGAGGACGCAGCGAACUGCGGCGAGCUGGCAUUACUGCAGUUCAUGCAUCUGAAUCAGCUCUUUAAAAUGCAGAGAGAGCACUUGUUUACACUGCGUUUGUGGAAAUAUGCCCAGUUAUAAUGCUCUUCUCCAUCAUUUGAUGAAUUACUGCUGCCACAAUGUCUUGAAAGCGUACACAAACAAUACUUUUCCAGCGUAAUUGCGCCAAGAAAAUAGCAGGUUUUGUGAACAUUCAGUAGGCCUUAUUUGCAUAGCAAGGAGGUAUGCUAGCGCUGGACAGAAUGGCAAUGACUACAAUUAAAUAUUCAAAGCACUA